AUUAUCAAAUGUUUCCUUUCAAUGUUGUGUGUACAAAUAUUUAAACCAUAAGUUAUUUUAUUAUUAUUUGUUUAUUUAACAGACGCCUUUAUCCAAGGCGACUUACAGAGACUAGGGUGUGUGAACUAUGCAUCAGCUGCAGAGUCACUUAUAAUUACGUCUCACCCGAAAGACGGAGCACAAGGGGGUUAAGUGACUUGCUCAGGGUCACACAAUGAGUCAGUGGCUGAGGUGGGAUUUGAACUGGGGCCUCCUGGUUACAAGGCCUUUUCUUUAACCACUGGACCACACAGCCUCCUAUAAGUAUGGAAUUUCUGGGUUUUUAUCACUUUUACUUUUUGUAUUAAGUAAAAAUCCUCUGCAUCCUGCUAGGUAACCAGAGAUGCACUGACAGUCUGCUAGAACUCCAUUUAAGCUUCAGGAACAAACAUAAUCCUUUACACCAGGGGUCCCCAAACUGUGGUCUGUGGGCCGUGACACAGGCCCGGGUGAGCCGCGGGAGCAAUGACAUUCUAUGUACAGUAUUUUUUUUCUAUUAGUGAAAAGCAGGUGCCGGGGAACAGCUGUAACUGUAGAAAAAUAAAGUGUAACAAGGAAGUAUUGGCGGACUGUCAAUCAAAUCAGAAAUUCACAAAUCAGAGCUAACAGAUUGCCUACCUGUAGGCGGGAUGUAGAGCGAGAGCUCUGACAGCAGUGUUAAGGUCAUGUGAUCACUCUGCUGGCAGAUGUAAAUAGUGUGCUCAGUAUUAAUAAAAUUACAAUAUGUCGAAUCCGCUACCAAAGAAUAUGAUUUGCAAAGUAUAAAGAACAAAAAAGGCAGCUACAGCAGUUUGAAUGCAUUUGUACUGUGGCCUCAGUUUUGAGGUGCUGGAAUGGGUUUUUUCUUUUGUAGAAACGCUUUCAUACUAACUUUUGUACUUGAUAAAAUUAAAUUGAUGCCUAUGCCGGUGAAUAUGUUUUUGUGACUAAUUAGCUAUUAACAUUUAAAAUAUUGAGUACUUUGAUGUACAGCUAUACAGCUUUGUCUGUACAGUACAGCCAUACACCUUGGUUUCAGUAUGAUGCCACUGUUUAGAUAAGGGACGUGCAAAUUGUGUCCUGAAGAGCCAUUUCAAUCAAUAUUUGGACAUUUUGUUAACCAAGUAGGCAUGCUUUUGGUACAACUUGCAUCGUGCAAUUGUAUCUUCAAUAUCUGUAGCACAGGAAGCUUUUUUCAAAAAGCUUUUUUUUCUGAUAGUUUGUCAAGAAAUGCUGGCAAAUUGUAUUUUCAGCAUGGGCUUUCAAGGUACAGCAACACCUGCUUAGUGGUAGUUUGAGUAUUGCAUAAGCGCAUCACAGGUAUUGCUCCACUGAAAUGAAAUUGAACAAUUGCUUUCUCAUUCUCUUGUGGGGUUGAGAAGAGCCUGUAAAAAAAAAAAGGGCUUAUUAGAAAUGAGCACAAAGGAUAAAUGAAUCCCGCUGAGUAUAUCCUGCUAUGUCAUAAAUACCCUUUAAAUCAUACCCUGUUGUAGCUGACCUUAUUUCAGUAUGCCGGUUUAACCUCUAGCACUCAAAUCCUUCCAUGUCGGUGAGUCUUUUCAUUUUAAACCGUAUUAUAAGGCUUUAUUUGUAAAAUGAUAAUGUGUUUUAUUUAAAUAAUGAGGGUCUUGUUUUUAAUAAAAAAAAAUUAUAAGAAUAAUAAAACAAUGUUUUGUAACUUCAUUCUUUUCACUCUUUGAAACAUAAUUUAUAAUACAAAUGUUUAUAAAACAUGUGAUAGCUGUGAAGAUUUAUUACUGUUUAUUAGAUUAACUAUGAUAUAUUUAUAUUUGAUCUAAUAAUUAACAUAUCAUAAACACAUCUACUGCAACAGUAUUUCUAAAAUGCAUUUACAUUAUGCAGCUGUAAUACUAAUAUGAUAACAGUACGUAGAUAUGAUUAGCUUUGAAUGUAAUCCAAUUACAUAUUUUUUACAGAAACCAGAAAUGUCAACAGGAAACAUCUCAGCUGUAAACACAGAGUUUAUUCUGAUUGGAUUUCCUGGACUAGAAGGCUACCAGCACUGGCUCACUAUUCCUUUCUCUGUUAUGUAUAUUCUAGCCAUUGUUGGGAAUAUUUUACUCAUUUGCAUUGUUAACCUUGAACCUAAUCUGCAUACACCUAUGUAUACUUUCCUUUGUGUGUUGGCAAUGGUAGAUAUUGGUUUAUGUACUUCUACAAUCCCUAAAAUGCUGCAGAUUUUCUGGCAAAAAGCCUGCAGUAUUUCUUUUGAAGGAUGCUUUAUUCAAAUGUUCUUCAUUCAUUUCCUAUCUUCAAUGGAAUCCUCAAUACUGGCAGUAAUGGCUUAUGACAGGUAUGUUGCAAUAUACAACCCCUUGCUUUACACAUCUAUAUUGACCAAAGCUAAAAUGGCUAAAAUUAUGGGGGUACUUUUUGCAAGAUGUUUUAUUUUAGCUGGACUUGUACCUGUUUUAGCAUCAAUGUUGCCUUACUGUUCAGCCAAUACUAUCCAACAUUGCUUUUGUGAUCAUAUGGCUGUUGCAAAGUUGGCCUGUAAAGAUAUCACAAUGAAUAGUUAUUAUGGUCUAGUUGUAGCCUUUGUGAUAGCAGGCACGGAUGUCACAUUUAUCAUAUUUACUUAUGUAAUGAUUCUUCGAGCUGUCUCAAAGCUUGGAUCAAAGGCAGCCCAGGUCAAGGCAUUUAACACCUGUGGCUCCCAUUUGUUUGUUAUAAUGUAUUUUUAUACAACUAUAUUGUUUACUUUUGUAACUUAUAGGUUUGGUAAAAAUGUUCCACCCCGAAUUCAUGUCAUGUUUGCUGUCUUAUAUCUUCUUGUGCCACCAAUGUUAAAUCCUAUAGUUUAUGGAGUGAGGACAAAGGAAAUUCGUCAAGGAUUUCGAAAACAUUUUUUAAGGAAAAACAUUAACCCAAAUAAUAAAUGAUUUUUUUUUUUUUUUUUAAUUACUUUAAAUAGACAGGUUGUUGGUUUUUGUUUUGUUUGUUAGAAUCACAAAUAAAUGAGUCAUUCAUUUUCACUUGGCAAAUAGAAAUGAUUUUAACCUGGCAUACCUGUCAAUUGAAUAAUCUGUCAAGAUGCUAGUAAUAAAAAACUGAACAGUUUACUGCAGCUAGGAGGCAAGAGGUAGUACUGGUAGAGUACUUAAUACAGAAGGCAACAGCUUGUAUAUUUAUAUAGUCUUGACAUUUUUGGUGUGUAUAAAAUGUAUAAAUAAUCCAUAUGUGAAAUGGAAAUGAUAUGUGUUUAAUAUUUUUUGUAUUACUAUCAUAUUUUUUUUAAA